AUGUCCGGCAGAGAUUGGGAACCACCACCGCAAAACGUCCUCAAAUGCAACGUGGAUGCGGCCGUUUUUGCUGAUGGGGCUAGUUAUGGUGCGGUUGUUCGCGACCAGUCCUGUAACUUUGUUGCUGCACGGAGCGGAAGCGUUGCAUGUAAUCAGGAUCCGUUGCUGGCUGAAUCUCUCGCGGCAAAGGAAGCUCUUACAUUGUUGGCGGGGUUGGUUGUAAAGCAAUGUGUGUCGAUUGCUAGGGGCAUUGGGGAUGUCAAGGUCCUCCAUGUUAAGAGAACAGCGAAUCAGGUGGCUCACGUACUGGCACGGGUAACCGAUUCUUCGUUUGUCUCAAAGUCGUGGGAUAUUAUCCCACCAGAUUGUAUUGUUGGCUUGCUGAAUGUUUAA